AUGAAGGGAAACUUCAGGAAAAGAGAUAGCUCUAUAAACUCGAGAAAGGGAGGUAAUCUUGAGAACAACUACACAAAUGGAGGUGGUCCUAAUCAAAACAACGGUUUGAUGUUUUAUGAAAGCGCUGAAACUACGAAAAACUUCGACGACCGUCAAGAUUAUCUAUUGGCCAACAGCAUUGGUUCUAAUGUAACAGUUACUGUCACUUCUGGUGUGAAAUAUACCGGGUUAUUGGUAUCUUGUAAUUUGGAAUCUACUAAUGGUAUUGAUGUUGUCUUGAGAUUCCCCAGAGUUUCUGACUCAGGAGUUAGUAGCUCGGUUGAUGAGCUGGCUAAAACUUUGGGGGAAACCUUAUUGAUUCAUGGUGAAGAUGUCGCUGAACUGGAAUUGAGGAACAUUGAUUUGUCUCUGGAUGAGAAAUGGGAAAAUUCUAAAGCUCAAGAGGUAACAUCCGCCAGAGCUAGUAAUGAAAAGGAGAAAGUCAAUGAAGAACCGAAUGAAAGUUCUAAAUUCAAAACUGAUGUUGAUAUCUCUGGCUCUGGCAGAGAAAUUAAAGAGCGUAAGUUGGAAAAAUGGGCACCGGAAGAAGGCACGGAACAUUUCGAUAUGAGCAAGGGUCAAGCUUUAGAAGACGAUUCGGCCACUUGGGAUCAAUUUGCUGUGAACGAGAAAAAAUUUGGUGUAAAGUCAACUUUUGAUGAACAUUUGUACACAACAAAAAUUAAUAAGAAUGACCCUAAUUAUGGUAAGAGGCUACAGGAAGCCGAAAGAAUUGCCAAAGAGAUUGAAUCACAAGGUGCUUCCGGUAAUAUUCACAUUUCAGAAGACAGAGGCAUCAUUGUUGAUGAUUCUGGCUUAGAUGAAGAAGAUUUAUACUCUGGGGUUGACAGAAGAGGUGAUGAGUUGUUGGCCGCUUUGAAAAGCAACUCCAAACCCAACUCGAAUAAGGGGAACAGAUAUGUUCCACCCACCUUAAGACAGCAGCCUCAUCAUAUGGAUCCAGCAAUCAUUUCUUCAACUAAUUCUAACAACAAUGAAAAUAUUGUUACUACGGAUAUUGCUGCUUCUGUAGAAGAACCAAAAGAGGGAAAUACUGCACAAAAGAUUUCCAAGAAAAAGAAAAAUUUGAGCAGUAAAGAGGCACAAAUUGAAGAAUUGAAAAAAUUUUCCGAGAAGUUCAAGGUUCCAUAUGAUAUGCCGAAGGAUAUGCCAGAAGUCUUAAAAAGAUCAAACUCCACCUUGAAAUCUAAUUCAUCGUUGCCUCCGAAACCAACUAGCAAAACUCCCUCUGCUAGAACUGUCUCUCCUACUGCACAGGUCCCGGCAGGGAAAUCAGAAUCUAGAAGAAGUGGCAGCAACAUGUCUCCAGGUCAAUCGUCGGCUGGUCACACCACAAGAUCUAGUACCUCUUCGAGAAGACGCAAUCAUGGUUCCUUUUUUGGGGCUAAAAAUCCUCAUACUAAUGACGCCAAGAGAGUCGCUUUCGGGAAAAGCUUCAAUAUGUUUAUCAAAUCCAAAGAGGCACAUGAUGAAAAACAGAGAGGCGAUAAUGUAUCGGAGAAUAUGGAACCAUUCUUUAUUGAAAAACCUUAUUUUACCGCGCCGACUUGGCUCAAUACAAUUGAAGAAUCUUACAAGACAUUUUUCCCCGAUGAGGACACAGCUAUUCAAGAGGCUCAAACCAAAUUCCAACAACGCCAAAUGAACGCCAUGGGUAAUGGUGCGCCUGGAAUGAAUCCAAAUAUGGGUAUCAAUAUGGGCGGAAUGAUGGGGUUCCCUAUGGGAGGUCCUUCAGCGUCACCAAAUCCUAUGAUGAAUGGCUUUGCUGCGGGAUCAAUGGGUAUGUAUAUGCCAUUCCAACCUCAGCCAAUGUUUUAUCACCCAUCGAUGCCUCAAAUGAUGCCAGUUAUGGGUAACAAUGGGACUGAAGAAGGGGGAGGGAAUAUUUCGCCUCAUAUGCCUACAGGUUUUAUGGCAGCAGGCCCUGGCGCACCUAUGGGAGCAUUUGGGUAUCCAGGGGGCAUGCCAUUUCAAGGAAUGAUGGGAUCAGGCCCGUCUGGCAUGCCAGCAAGUAGUUCGGCAAUGCACAAUCAUGGACACGGGAGGAAUUACCACCAGACUAACCACCAUGGAAACCACAGUAGCAGUACUAAUGGCCAUAAAUAG